CGCGGUCCCUAGGCCCUGGUGCCCCGGCGGGCCCCUGGGGGAGUGGGCGCUGCGCCCGGAGAGCCGCCAGGCUCGCCCCAGCCCGGCGUGGGGGGCGCAGAGGAUUUCUCUGGUGAUCUUGAAAGAGCCCGUAUCAUGGAAUCGAUCUCUAUGAUGGGAAGCCCUAAGAACCUUAGCGAAACUUUUUUGCCGAAUGGCAUAAAUGGUAUCAAAGAUGCAAGGAAGGUCACUGUGGGUGUAAUUGGAAGUGGGGAUUUUGCCAAAUCGCUAACGAUUCGACUUAUUAGGUGUGGCUAUCAUGUGGUUAUAGGAAGUAGAAAUCCCAAGUUUGCUUCCGAAUUUUUCCCUCAUGUGGUUGAUGUCACUCAUCAUGAAGAUGCUCUCACAAAAACAAAUAUAAUAUUUGUUGCUAUACAUAGAGAACAUUACACCUCCCUUUGGGACCUGAGACACCUGCUUGUGGGUAAAAUCCUGAUUGAUGUGAGCAAUAAUAUGAGGAUAAACCAAUACCCAGAAUCCAAUGCUGAAUAUUUGGCUUCAUUAUUUCCGGAUUCCCUGAUUGUCAAAGGCUUUAAUGUUGUCUCGGCUUGGGCACUUCAGUUAGGACCUAAGGACGCCAGCCGGCAGGUCUAUAUAUGCAGCAACAAUAUUCAAGCUCGACAACAGGUUAUUGAACUUGCCCGUCAGCUGAAUUUCAUUCCUGUUGACUUGGGAUCAUUAUCAUCAGCCAGGGAGAUUGAAAAUUUACCCCUGCGACUCUUUACUCUCUGGAGAGGGCCAGUGGUAGCCGCCAUUAGCCUAGCCACGUUUUUCUUUCUUUAUUCCUUCAUCAGAGAUGUGAUACAUCCAUAUGCUAGAAACCAGCAGAGUGAUUUUUACAAGAUUCCUAUUGAGAUUGUGAAUAAAACCUUGCCCAUAGUUGCCAUUACUUUGCUGUCCCUGGUAUACCUAGCAGGUCUCCUGGGAGCUGCUUAUCAGCUUUAUUAUGGCACCAAGUAUAGGAAAUUUCCACCUUGGUUGGAGACCUGGUUACAGUGCAGAAAGCAGCUUGGAUUACUAAGUUUUUUCUUCGCUUCGGUCCAUGUUGCCUACAGCCUCUGCUUACCAAUGAGAAGGUCAGAGCGGUACUUGUUUCUCAACAUGGCUUAUCAGCAGGUUCAUGCAAAUAUUGAAAACUCUUGGAACGAGGAAGAAGUUUGGAGAAUUGAAAUGUAUAUCUCCUUUGGCAUAAUGAGCCUUGGCUUACUGUCCCUCCUGGCAGUCACCUCUAUCCCGUCAGUGAGCAAUGCUUUAAACUGGAGGGAAUUCAGUUUUAUUCAGUCUACACUUGGAUAUGUCGCUCUGCUCAUAAGUACUUUCCAUGUUUUAAUUUAUGGAUGGAAACGAGCUUUUGAAGAAGAGUACUACCGGUUUUACACCCCACCAAACUUCGUUCUUGCUCUUGUUUUGCCCUCAAUUGUAAUUCUGGGUAAGAUCAUUUUACUCCUUCCAUGUGUAAGCCGAAAGCUAAAGAGAAUUAAAAAAGGCUGGGAAAAGAGCCAAUUUCUAGAAGAAGGUAUUGGAGGAGCAGUCCCUCAUCUCUCACCGGAGAGGGUUACAGUAAUGUGAUGAUAAAUGGUGCUUCAUUGAUGCCAUGUAGAGUUCCACUCAUGCCAUUGUUUUUAUGACUUUCUUUAUGUCAUUUGCAAGUGCACUGUCAAAUUGAUGUGGGCUGAAAUCUGUCCAGUAAGAUCUCAACCAAAUUAGUGGUAGGAGUUUCUUGAAAUUAAUUUUCACAGAUGUCGUAUUUUGGCAAUAUGAAUUUUUGUUGUCAGCUUGUCCAUUUUGUUUUGCACAACCAUAACACUCUUGUUAUUUUAACAAACUGUAUUCCAUAAUCAGGCAAAGAUAUUUCUGGUUAAUAAUAUAGAUACAACAUAAUGUUAAAAAAAACCAGCAGAAUUUUAAGUUUUAGUGUAAUUUAAUGGAUAUGUGUUUUUUUUUUUUUUCUGAAGCUUACCUAAGGUUUUCAUUGUUAUCCAGCUCAAGAAAUAGAAAUGCAUAAUCACACAUUAACUUUAAGAAAGGUCACAUUACAUUAGCAUCUAGGUAAGGGUAAAUGGUAACAUUCCUAUAUUUUUCUCAUAAGAUCGAUUUUGAAGAAUGUAAUUAAUUAUAUGAACCAGUGUGAUCUGUGAACAAACACAAAUUAAAAAAAAAAAUCGAAUCUGAAAUUAUAUUUGAAAUGCAAUGGAGACAUGAAAUGCAUACUGAUAAUAUGUACCUCAUGAAAGAUUUUAUUCCUUAUCUUGUUACAGAGCAGUUUCAUUUGCCUGUUAUUAUGUUAGUUAGGGAGAAGACCAUGAUAUUUGGCUUCCAAAAGUGAUUUUUCUAAUAUGGUACCAAGCCUGGGAAUCUUACAGUUGUUUCCACUUAGAGGGAAGGUGUGAAAUUUACCCACCAAUAGUUGUUUGUCAGCUGAUCUAUGUUGUUGCACGUUGGUCAGACCCCACUUUUAUCUGCUAUAAGAUUUUACUGAUGUUCACUGAGGGAUGGUAACAUGCCAGGCACUGUUCUAAGCACUUUACUUAUAUUAUCCCAUGUUGAUAUUUAUAACAAGUCCACGACAGAGGUAGUUACUAUCCUCAUUUUACGUAUGAGAAAACAGGUUAGAAGAGUAAUUUGCCCAAGGUCAUGCAGUUAGUAAGAGGCAGAGCCAGCAUUCAAGUCGAGGCAGUCCUAUUUCAGAGGCUCCAGUUUUAACCGCCAGGCUGAUGGUCCCUGCUCCGUCCCCAUGCGUUACCAUGAUGCCAAUCUGGAUGCUUCCUCUUUGGUCAGUAAAGGCAUUGACAUUCUUUACAGUGUGUUGUGGGUAUCAAAAAUUUAUGAAAAUAUUACAGUCAUAUAUUUAUGAUUGCUUGUGGGAUAAACUACAGUUCCUUACCUUGCAAGAGGAUCUUGCCUGGGACAUGACCUUGGAGACCCAUGGUGGUCCAAUACGAUUCCCUAUGCAGUGAGGGACUCCAGGAGAGAUAGGACCAUAGCAGUUUUAAUGAAUGGCUGAGGUCCUACAGAAUCUUUAAAAAUCCCUGUAGAGUUUUUUCUCUUCCAGAGAAGUCCUCCUGCCUGUUCAACCAUUCAGUAGGGACCAGUUUGCAAGCAUUAAGGAUAUUAAGAAAAGUGGUUAGGGGCGCCUGGGUGGCUCAGUCAUUAAGCGUCUGCCUUCUGCUCAGGUCAUGAUCCCAGGGUCCUGGG